AUGGACUUGACCAAUUGCUCAAGGGUGGAAAAGUUCAUCCUUCUUGGUUUCCCACAUGUUUGGGGGAUCAAUGUCAGUUUCUUUGCAGUGGUCUUCCUACUCUACAUGCUGUCCAUUGCCGGGAAUGGGCUGAUCAUCAUCAUUGUGAGAAUCAACAGCCAACUCCAGAAGCCGAUGUAUUUCUUCCUCAGCAACCUCUCUUUCCUUGAGAUAUGGUACACCACCGCCGUUGUCCCCAAAAUGUUGGCCAAUCUCCUCUUGGUAAAGACCACAAUAUGUUUCUACUGCUGCAUGGCACAGCUGUACUUCCAUUUCCUCUUUGGCGUGACCGAAUUUUUCAUCUUGACUGUCAUGUCUUUCGAUAGGUACUUAGCCAUCUGCAAUCCACUGAGAUAUUCCACCAUCAUGACCUUUGGAGUCUGCCUUCAACUUGCACUGGCUGCCUGGCUUGGGGGAUUUUUUUCUAUCCUUUUCCAAAUAAUCAUGGUUCUGAGGCUUCCAUUCUGCGGGUCCAAUACUAUCAACCAUUUCUACUGUGACAUAGGACCACUACUGAAUAUUGCAGGUGGGGACACCCAUUGGAUUGAAGCCUUUAAUUUCCUGAUCGCUGUGGCUGUAAUUGUGACAUCUCUUCUUCUGACGGUUAUCUCUUACAUCUUCAUCAUCUCCACCAUUCUCCGCAUCCCAUCAAGUAGUGGGCAGAAGAAGGCCUUUUCCACCUGUGCCUCUCAUCUGACCGUGGUCAGCAUCUUAUACGGGGCUGUCCUUUUUGUUUACUUAAGACCCAGUGCCACAAACUCAUCUUUCAGACACAACAAAGCCAUUUCUGUGCUCAACACUGUGGUCACCCCCGUCCUCAACCCUUUCAUAUACACCAUCAGGAACAAUGAAGUCAAAGCUGCUUUGUGGAAGCUCUUUCAAAGGAAGGCAUUGACUUUAUCAAAUGAAUGA